UCGUAGUUUUUAUUGAGAUUUGAUACCUAAAGAGUAUAUUACUUCCGUUUUGUAGAAUCGCCUCAUUAGAACAUGGCAGACGUGAAAAACCAAAGUUACGGCCGCACAGUGGAUACUUUGAACGUGCCUUUUACUACCUUUCCGAAACUUUUGGAAAAAUGGGCAACUUUAAAACCGGAGAGCGAGGCUUUUGUAUUCUAUACUUUCGGCAAGCCAAAAACGUCGAUUUCAUUUGGAAAACUGUAUCAGGACGCAUUGAAAUUAGCGAAAGGUUUGCGACGUCUUGGAAUCAACAAAGGAGACAUAGUAGCAAUAGCUGGCUUUAACACUCCAGAAUGGCUAGUAAGUACAUAUGCUUCCCAGCUCGUUGGGGCGCGUCCCCUGUUUUUUACUUUGCACGACAAGAAAGGGGAAAAUAUGACGGGAAUCAUAAAAAAAGUGGGAGGCUGCAAAAUGAUUAUCUUCGACCCCGGCAACGACGAUCUCCAUUGGAAAAUUAGUCAGAAGUUCUUGACCGUCGAUCCCAGCAAUGGUGCUGUAAAGAAGUCCGAUAUACCAUCUGUUGAAUGGGUGCUACUGAUGACACCUCUUGAAUCAACUGAAAAAUGUUUCACAAUAAAUGAUGUGGCUUUUGAGGAAGAUACCAGCUUGCCGGAGUUGGACCCUGCUGACAUUGCCGCCAUCUUGCAAACAUCCGGGAGUACAGGAUUUCCAAAAGCAGUUGAAUGUAGUCAUUAUCGUUUAUUACAAACCGCUUUUCACUUUACCUACCUUUCCGAAUGGAAUGAUCCCAAGAAAGAUGGAGAAUUCGUGUUUUUUAAUGACCGGCCAUUUUAUUGGUUAGGAGGAUUCCCUUGCUUGUCGCUUGCUACAGGCGGAAAACACGUAACUCAAACGAACACCCUCGUAUUCACUUCAAUUGCGGAAACAGUUAAGUUUAGUUCACAAAUCGUUCAAAAUGAGAAGAUACCCUAUGGACUCUUCGUUACCCCAUUCCUCCUGGAGCUGUUGAUGUUGGAGGACUUUCCUUGGAAAUUCCGAUCAGUAAUAACAGGAGGUCAACCAGUUCCUGCAUCUUGUCUGUCAGCCAUAGGGAAGAUGUAUGAUACUCUGGGCGUCUUAUACGGCUCAUCAGAAGCUGCUUUGAAUUGUGGGAAGACAUAUCAUACUUCUUCCGAACGGUAUGUAGGAAUGGCAGCACUUCCCGGGGUGGAAAUGAAAAUUGUUGGAAAUAAUGGAAUGAUAGUACCUGUCGGAACAAAGGGUGAACUAUACAUCCGCAAUGUCACCGCAGCCUUUAGAGGUUACAUUAAUGAGCCCGAAAAAACGGCUGCUGUUAUUUCCAGUUCCGGUUGGUAUAAAACGGACGAUUUCGCACACAUUAAUUCGGAAGGCUGUGUUGAAAUACACGGACGAGUGUCUGACGUAUUAGAAAUCGGUGGUGCCAAGGUGCUUCCUUCCUUUAUCGAAGAAAUUAUCAAGAAAAAUCCAGCUGUAAAGGAAGUAGUUGUCUUUGCCGUGAAAGAUAUCAAACAUGCUGAUGAUAUCGCAUGCGCAGCAGUUGUUCUGAAAAACGAGGCUACCUUGACCGCAGAAUCGCUUACAGAGUUCAUUAAAGAGGAGCUCAAAUUCUCUGAGGACGCCAAAUUUCUGCAAUAUAUUUACGUACCGAAACACAUCUUGUUUUUGGACAAUCUACCCAAAACUGCAACUGGAAAAAACGAUAGGAUGAAAACAAGAGAGAUAUCGUUGCCCCAUCUGAAGGACUGAAAGGCGCUAGAUACUUCUCAAAUAAUACUUACGUCCUUUAGAACCACAUAAAGCAUAAACUCUUUAAAUCUAUUUACUGUACGUACCCUUUAAAACUUCGUUUAUAUAUUUUUAAUAUCUUUUUGCGAGUUUCUGCUUUGAAUAUAUUUUGAUAUCGAUUUGUGAUUUUAUUUAUACAAUGUAUAUACUAGUACACGGACUUUAAUAUGAAAUACUCGUUGUCCUGUCCUCUUGUGCCAUAUUUCAAUAUUUUAUGUUAAGAGUGGAAGAAAAAAUAAAUACUUAAUAUCAA